UUAGCGUUCUUAGACGCAACUCCAAUGCAUCCAAAUCUCCAGUCUGUUGCCAACCCUUUUGUCUCUCUCUCUCGUCUUCGAUGAAACCACGCUUCUUCUUCCUUCUCUUGAAAUCAAUUCCUCCUUCCUCCGGCAUCAAAACCCCUUUCCUUUGAAGCCCAAACUCUCAUCUACUCCUUGUUCUCCGAUUUCUCUACAAGAAUUCCAGUCUUUAGCCGUCGCCAAAUCCCACCUGUCGGCAAUGCCGGUCCUCAAAAUUCGAUCUUGUCUCUUCCUCCUCCUGAUCUCCGCGCUCGCCCUCGAGGCUUCGGUUUCCGAGACUCCCUCCGCCUACGAGAUGCUGGAGAAGUUCGAUUUCCCCAAGGGAAUCCUCCCCGAGGGCGUGAAGAGCUACAUAUUGAACGGGGAUGGGGGCUUCGAGGUGUACCUCAGCGGGAAUUGCGAGUUCAAGGUGGAGGGAGGGUACAUACUCAAGUACGACCGGAAGAUCACCGGGAAGGUAAAGUCGGGAUCGCUGACGGACUUGAAGGGGGUGAGCGUCAAGGUCUUGUUCGCCUGGUUCGGCAUCAACGAGGUGGUGAGGAACGACUACGAUAUCAGCUUCUACGUCGGUCCCCUCUCCGCCUCCUUCCCCGUCUCCAACUUCGAUGAGUGCCCGCGAUGCAGCUGCGGCUUCGACUGCGCCACCGCCCUGCCCAUGGUGUCGUAAGCCUGCGGCUUCUUCUUGGGUAGUUAUCUUCUCCUCUUCCUUCUUAUGGAUGUUAGUUCAAGAUCUUUUGGGGUGAGUGUGUUGAAGGGAAUAAGUUUCUGUAAGAUUAUGAAUUAGACCAAAAUCUUUUUGAUCCCAAAAUUCAUUGGCAUCAAUAAGUAUUUAGUGUUGCAAACUUUUGCGAUUCCUCAAUAACAAACCCUAAUUUCUCAACAGUUUAGAUCUAAUAAGUUUGCUCUCCUUUGACUCAUCUUGAUAACUUCGCUUCUAUUUCAUAUUCCUAAUUGGGUCAGUGAGAACAAAUCUCCAUCAACAUUCUUUUACUGUUCUUCGGGGAAAGGGUUGUGCUUUAAUUUGCUGCUUAUGUCAUUGAUGGUGGGUGGUCAGCAAAAGCUUUUCUGAAUGAUUUUAAUCUUUGUGAAUUGGUUCUAUUAUUUCCAUCUUGUUAAGCAGUUGAUGUCCAAGGCUUUGUGGCAACAGCAUUUUCUUGGGUUGGGUACUUGUGAUGUGUUUUGAUGACUCUUAACUCUACUUCUGAUAGUUCUUAUAAAUGUUGAAGUGCAUAGAUUAUUGAAGAUGCA